AUGUCAUUGCCACGUAAACCAAUAAAGGCGGCAACUAGCGGGUAUACAGAACCCAUCGAUAUUUGGCGACGGUACGCAACAGAACUCGAGGAGAAGGCCCUCGUUGACCCAUACUGGGAUAUCUUCCGAUUCACUGAUUCCUUACCGGACCCCACAGAACUUGUCAGGAUAGUUGGACUCUUCCUGGCCCACCGUAUACUGCAAGACACUGAGUAUCAGAACAGGCUGACUGUCUUCGACUCGGUGAGUAAGUUCCUUGGGAUGGUCCAAGAGGGGUAUAGGCAGAGCUAUGGUUACCAUACCAAAAUUCACUCAGCUGAUACGGCCAUUACCCUCUACCAGAUGAUAGGGGUGUAUGAAAGACCACGUGGGAUUGAUGCAUUGGACGAGCUGGCUGCAAUACUUGCAGCUUUCGCUCACGACUUCGAUUCCGAUAAGCUGGACCAUCUCUCUAUGGAGGUCGCUACCUUUGAUGGCGACCUUGGUCUGGUCCGCGACCAUAUCCAACUGAAGUGCUUCGGUCCCCCUACUCAUAGUUGCUUGGACUGCAUUGUCAUUCUACCCGAGGCCAAAGUUGUCUUCGCUGGUGACAUUCUAUUUGUUGGUAUAGCCCCUAUCAUGACCCGAGAGUCAGCACAGAAGUCCUUGGAUGCUCUGGCCUGGCUUGAGGAGCGUAUUGAUUCGUCAUGGAAACUGGUUCCCGGUCAUGGUCCUGUUACGUCUCUCGACGGUCUGCAAGCUGCUAAGCACUAUUAUCGGAGCCUUCAGGAGGCCGUAGACCAGGAGGGUUGUUCCUGUUUAGAUAACCAUACCAUGUGUGGGUUGGACUUCUACACAUCUCCUCCUGAAGAGCUCCGUGACUGGACGGAGCUGCAGCGGUCUAUGGUGAAUGCCUUUGUUGAGUGUGAGAUGAAAGAGGGCAGAGAUCUCACUGACGCCGAUUUUACGAGACUCACCAUCGACGCUGAAGUUUUAAAGGAACUCAGAUCCCAAUCGCAGUAG